UCGUCGCUGGUGGACGCGUUUCGCUGGAUAUCGAAUGAAAUACCCACUUGAUUAAAACGGCGGCAGUAACUUCGAUGCGACUUGAGUGACAAAUAAGUGCAAUUAAAUAAGUGAACACACUAUCUAAAGGAUACAAUGUGCGAUUUAUAAUUGCUGUCUUGGGGGAAGACCACGGCAUGGAGUCCAGCAGCAGCGUCGUCGCGGAGAUGGAGUCCUCCAGUACCAGUGAUCUCGGCCAGGCCACCCAGAUCACCUCCAUCGAUGGCUUCUUCAAUCGGAAACGGGGGCGUCCGCCAAAGAAUCGCUUUGUGGAGGUCUACAAAAGCGCCCAGCACUCGCCGCAGGCCAUCUUCACCAGCUUCAAGCUGGAGAGAAGCGAAUACCCCAGCCCAGGAGCACCACCUGUUCCACCCAGUGGCUCAUCAUCCGACGAUCGUUUGUCUCUGGCGGAUCACGAGGGAUCAGCCACGGAUCUCACACCUAGUCGCUACCGGAAGAGGGGGCGUGUCUGGGCGCCAUCGUCCUCAUCAUCGUUGUCCGCUUUGGAGCAGGCUGGCAAGAGAAGCGCCAGUCAUGUGCCACAUGUUGCAGCGAGGAGUGAGACAGAGUCUCGCAGUAGCCGCCAUGAGUCUUUAGUCCAGCCCACCUUACAGCCUUCAGAGCCUCUAGAAACCAUCUCGUCUAAGCAUCUAUCAAGCAGAAUUUUGGAUAAAGUUUCCGUUGUGCGUGCGGCGGGAACUUUUUACCCGGAGAAUGCGAAUUCAGCUGCCCAGCGUGAAGCGCCGGAAGUGGUUAGUUCGAGGUAUCACAGUCGCCAGGAGUCGUUGGACUUGGAGGUGGACCAGCCGGAGGAUCUGAGCAUGCGUCCAUCUCUGCCGGAAGCCACAGCCACGCCGGCGGUGGUGGGACCAGCGUUGAAUAUGAAUCUGCUGCAGUUCAAGCAGCUGAUCGAUUUGUACCAGCGACAGGUGCUGUUGCCCAGCUUUCUGGCGGCAGCCAGUCAACCGUUGGCGUUACCGGGUUCAGGAGCAGGUCCUGCAGUUUCAGGACCACUUCUGGACAUGCGACUCCUGCUGGAGAAUGCCGCUCAACAGAAGCUAAUGCUGCUCAAUGCAGCUGCAAGUGCAACGGCAAGUGCGGUGGCAAGCACAACAAUGGACUCCGGGCAAAGGACGGCGGUGAAACGCAUACGGGAUCAUGAUAUACCAAGUGGCUAUCUGAAGUUCCGCUUCAACGAGGACUGCGGAUUCGAGCGGUGUGGCUACCGGAAUCACCAGUCGCACUUCCACUGCAACCGGCGAGAUUGCCACUACAGUUUCUGCGACAAGACGCGCUUCGUGCAACAUACGGCACGACAUGAGCGAAUGGACACGUUGAUGGGCGACGAUUUCCGUCAGUUUCGGGCCAACAUGCAAUGCGGCGUGGCCAGCUGUACGUAUGCCACUGCAACUGGCGCCGCCACGGAGAGUAGCCACCCAAACCGAAUGGAUCCCACAGAGGCGGUGGCGGCAUCCUCCAGGAAAACGUCGCACUUUCACUGCCGCAAGUGCGACUACGUGUGCACGGACUCGAACAAGGUGGUGGCCCAUCGCAGAUUGCACCUUCGCCAGGACUACGUGCGCAGUGCCGGAUUCCGCAAGGUGGCCGGCAACGAGCAGUGCGAUUCUCCCGGCUGCUCCUACGCCCAGCGGCACACCCACUACCACUGCGUCACCUGCGACGGCGGAGUCCUCUCACGGGCCCAACUGGCAGCCCACAAGCACCGGACGGGCUUUCCCAAGCCGGAGGCGGAUGCUACGCCCUAGAAUAUCUUAGAAACGCACCUAGACUAAAGGAUAUUUGUCAUCUGCAAUAGUAAACUACAUCUAUGAGUUGACCGUGUUUUA